CGAUGCUGGUGGGGCGGUGGGGAGGGAAGAAGGUGCAGAAUGGUGGGAAGGAUGCUGAUCGUGGGAUUGCUCCUGCUCCAAAGGCACAGGUUGUCGGUUGGCCACCAAUUCGAAACUAUCGUAAGAACACAAUGGCAACAACCCCUUCGAAGAACAAGGAUGAAGCUGAAGUUAAACAAGGAGCAGGGUGUCUUUAUGUGAAGGUUAGCAUGGAUGGAGCUCCUUAUCUUAGGAAGGUUGAUCUCAAAACUUACUGUAACUAUAAAGAACUCUCGUCGGCACUUGAGAAAAUGUUCAGCUGCUUUACUAUUGGACAGUGUAGUACCAAUGGAAUACCCGGCAGAGAUGGAUUGAGUGAGAGCCGGUUGACGGAUCUUCUCAAUGGAUCUGAAUAUGUGCUUACUUACGAAGACAAAGACGGAGACUGGAUGCUUGUCGGAGAUGUGCCAUGGGAAAUGUUCACCGACUCUUGUAGAAGACUGAGGAUCAUGACAGGUUCCGAUGCAAUUGGACUUGCUCCAAGAGCAAUGGAGAAAUGCAAAAACAGGAACUAGCAAGCAGUAAAACCACAACUGAUGAAUUGAAUCAAAAAAAGGCCGUAAGCGCAAUUCUCAAACACCCGAAGUUUUUAGAGUUUAAUUUGCAAAAUGUCGCAUAUUUAUGUUUUAUGGUUUGCCGAGCCUAAUGUACUGAGAAGACAAACAUCAUGUAGCUUUCUGAAUGUUCUUAGGAACACAAGUUCAUCCGAUCGAUUCAUCCUAAUCUUUGUAUGUCUCAACACUAGUCAUUUCUGUUGUAAAUGAUGAUCGGUUCGUUGUUCCAAACUUCUGUAAUUUUUUUCUGCAAUGCUUCAAAAACUCCGUUUUCUGUUCUGCGCA